UCGCUAAGGACACUAAGUCCAGCCCCGGCCAUGCGGUCCAGCUGAAUGAGACGAGGCCCAACUCUGAACACUGUUCAUUCAUUUUAAUAGCAUAUCAAAACAGACAGAGAAAUGACUACGAAAAGGAGUUUUGUGCGGGAAGCGUCUCAUCAGAUCAUAGCAGGCGGAUCAGCAGACUGCAUCUCUUCCCAAACCACAGUGGGGUAAUAAUCACUUAACCUAAAUCAGAGGUACUCAGCCUGGGCUGCAGCUGGGAGACUCGGCAGGAGAGAUGUGGGGGAAAGAAACAAGAGGUCUGGUGGAGAUAUGUCUGAUGCACCCUCUGGAUGUCGUGAAGACCAGGUUCCAGAUUCAGCGUGGAGUGAGUGACCCAAACAGCUAUAAAGGCCUGGAGGACUGUUUCAGAACCAUAUUUCACAAAGAGGGAGUGCAUGGUUUUUACAAGGGAAUCCUGCCACCAAUUCUAGCUGAGACGCCCAAGAGAGCUGUUAAGUUUUUCACCUUUGAGCAAUACAAGAACCUGUUAAGUUACACUACCUUAUCUCAAGGCCUGGCUCUCUCCCUAGCUGGGCUUGGAUCAGGUUUAACAGAAGCGCUGGUGGUUAAUCCAUUUGAGGUAGUGAAAGUGAGCCUUCAGGCCGACAGAAAUUCCUUCAAAGUGCAGCCAUCCACAUUCACCCAGGCUCGAAUGAUUAUUAAUUCAGAUGGCUUUGGUCUGCGUGGGCUAAAUAAGGGCCUGACCUCCACUCUGGGACGCCAUGGCGUCUUCAACAUGAUCUACUUUGGCUUCUACUUCAAUGUUAAAAACACCCUUCCUGCCAGCCAGGAUCCUCGUCUGGAGUUUAUGAGAAAGUUUACUAUAGGUUUGCUGUCAGGAACCAUCUCAUCAUGUGUGAACAUCCCCUUUGACGUGGCGAAGAGCCGUAUCCAGGGUCCCCAGCCAGUCCCAGGGGAGAUAAAGUACAGGAGCUGUUUCCAGACCAUGACUCUGGUGUACCGUGAAGAAGGAUAUCUUGCAUUAUACAAAGGACUAAUUCCCAAGAUCAUGAGACUUGGACCAGGAGGUGCUGUCAUGCUGCUAGUCUAUGAAUAUGUCUCCAGCUGGCUACAAAGAAACUGGUGAUGAGAGCUGUCAAGCAGCAGACAGAUUUCACACUAAACCUUGCUGAUGAAACUUUGUGGAUGCCUGUCAGCCAUCACAGCUGUUCAAGCUAACAACAAUCUGUCAGUCAGCUCUUCUAGCCUGCAGGCUGAUGCAGCAUAACUCAGCUCAUGUUAAAAUAACAAAACCAUGAAAUGCACAUAUGUUGACAAAUGAAUGGACAAACUGUUUUGCUCUGUCCCACUUUGCUCGACGCCCACUCACUGAUUCCCUGUCAUAUACAUAUACAUAUACAUAAAGGGCUUUAAGCACAUGUACACCCAAGACCAAAAAGGACUUGUUUUAUCAAAAAGAAAUGUUUAUGGUGUCCCUUUAAAUUUCAUUUUGAUGUCUGUUAUAUUUUAAUUUGAAUGUUAUUGUAUUAUUGUCUAGAACCCCAACAAUAUUGCCUUUUUAAUGCAAUUAAUUAAGUCAAAACUUAAUUGAGCCAUUUUUAUCUGUUAAAAAAAUCUUUCAAAGCAUAUUGAAUAUUAUAUUCUUUAUAUAGCGUUGUGCAGAUGUUCUAAAGUAAGCUGUCUGAAAUGACAUUUUCCUUCUGGAGAAGCCUUGAACUCAAAAUAAAUCUGUUAAGCAAGUAGUAUAAAGUAUGUACCCUUACUGGAAAUACCAUGCCCUCCCUGUUUCAGUCCCGUUCAGUCCUGUCCAUUUUACUUUCUCUUCCAACCAGCUUUGUGUUUAUACAUCUGAUAUGGCCAUGCUGGAAAACACAACGACUGCGGCCCUUUGUUUCUGUAGCUGGCAGCGUAUGUGGAUAGUAUCCUGCAGUUUGUAUCUUUCUGUCUCGCUAAAUGGCUGUAACUUGUUUAAGUUCUAUAAUACAAUAAGUUGCUAGGCUCAUUA